CUGUACUUUUCAUGGCUUAGCGCAUGUGGCUAUAGAUGCUGAGGACGACGUUAUUUUCUUUGUCGAGAUGGGGGUGUGCACAAACAUGUAAUAGGGUGCCCUACCACACGGCUCACACUCGCCUUCACUCUGUUAUUAGCCGCGUAGGUUAAUUGUCGGAGCCUCUUUAAUUAUGACGGCGGCCGCUUGCUGGCCGCCUGAAGGAUUUAAUUUAUAUUAUAGCCUAACACAGAACGUCGCUCCGGCCUUCAGCUGACAUCUUAGCCAGCCUCUACCACAUCAACAUUUGUAAAGGAAUAAAUCAGCUACAUCUCUGUGAGUAUUCUUUUAAAACCCCCAUGGAGGUUGACACGUGGGAGACUGAGUAAACAACAAAGUAAAUAAACCUGAGAAGGGAGGUCACUCUAUUGCCUGGUUGCUAGGGCGCCAUUGUUGUUGCUACCGGAGGUAAAAUGGAAGCUCGCUGCGUGCGAAGCGGAACAAUCCUCGAAUAGGUUAAACUUGGAAACUUAUAAUCAUGCCUACUGCUGAUUUAGCACCACAGAUUCCUUAUGUGGAAUCUCAUCAUCAGUCAGAGAGAAAGACAGGUGAACUACAUCCCACAGGCAUCUCCCCUGUCCAGUCUGAUAAGCACAUUAUUCAUGGACUGGAGGUUGUGCAGCAGCUGGUGUGGCAAGGCUGGGAAGCAGGCAGUGAAUAUACUAAAAACAUUGUUGUUAAAAAUGUCUCCAGCAAAAGUCACAAGCUCCACUUCAGCUCACCACAGACUCGUUUUUUUAGCACUCUUUACCCAAAACCUGUGAUGCUUAGUCCUGGAACAAGCUUCUGCCUUCCAGUCACAUUUCGUCCUUUGGAGAAAAUCAAGUACAAAGACAAAAUCCAUUUCCAGACAAAGGAGGGGAUAAUUGAGGUGCCCCUAUUGGCAGUGCUGCCUGUAGCAGCUGUGGCUGUUCCUGCCUGUCUCGACUUCCAGAUGUGUGCUGCUCAUGAUGUGGCCACUGUCACCUUUAAAGUCAUCAACACAGGCGAUGUUGAUACAAUGGUGCAGUGGGAAACCACUGGGCCAUUCACCAUAGAGCCAACUGAAGCGUUUGUCAAGUAUCGUUCAUGCUGUCAGUUUACUGCAACUUUCCAUCCUGAGGCAGCAACUGUUUAUGAACUUGAGGCUGUUUGCCAUUUUGGACCAGAUAGGAUGCAGACCGUGACCACCACUCUGAAGGGCAUUGGGAAAUACCCACACCUGCUGGUAUCCUUAACAGGAAGACCUGCCAGCAGCUUGUCACACCAAAAUCUUGAAGCUGUUGUUCAUUUUGGUGCAAUCCCAGUUGGCUCCACAGCAACCAAAUGGGUGGAAUUACAUAACCUUUCACCAGUGCAGACACCAUUUCAGGUAGAGCAUGCUGGGGGAUUAAAUCCCAUGGACAGGGUUUUUAACGCUCCUUAUUCAUACGGCAUUGUUCCUGCACUCUCCAUCAUCCGUAUUCCGAUUACUUUCAGUCCAAGCAGCCUAAACUCUACCAGCACAGAUUACUUCAAUGUGACAGCUGUUGGCAAUAUCAGCAGAAGUCUUAUUAAAUGUGUUGGCUCAUCCAAAGGUCCAAUGGUGCAUCUCAGUACAACAUCAAUCAACUUUAAUCAGAUUGAUGAGGGCCAGACAGCUACAAGGACCAUCGAUGUUGUUAACACCUCAGACAUCGAUGCUGUGUACCAGUUUAUGCUGGACAACAGUGAAAGUGUUUUCCAAGUACAGCAGUUGUCUGGUGAAAUAAAGGCUCAUUCCCAUGUGACUCUUUGCCUCACAUUUAACCCUGUCCAUCCCAUCAGUUACCUGCGGCGCGUCACUUGUUUGAUCCACAAUCAGGGUCCACUGUACCUGGAUCUCUUGGGCACCUGUCAUUCUGAGCUCACUAAGCCAGCAGUACUACUCUCACGCCAUGUAUGUCACUACCGCACUCAUGCCCUGAGAGGUUUCACCUUCUACCCACCAGAGCAACUGAAUCAGAUGCUUCAAGAGAAGAAACUGAAACUUGAUGAAAAUGGCUGUAUUACGGCACCACAGGCUGAGAAUCAACCUUCUUUUGGUGAUUUACCUCCCUUUGAGGAGUACUUCAAUGAUGGCAUCCAUUCAGAGGUCACUAGCAGUGUGCCACAUGUCAGCGCUGACAUCAGCUAUGUGAACUUUGGAAAAUGUCAGAAUAUCAGGGCCAUGGAGGAAAAGACAAUAAACAUAACAAACCACACUCAUGGCAAGGUCUUAGUCCAGUGGAACACACGACCUGACCAUGUCUUUACAAUAGUCCAAACCACGACAGAAAUUCCACCCCUCAAAGCCUGUUCUUUCAGGAUCAAGUUUCAACCGAAUGCCCCUAACCAGUUGUAUGGUGCAGAGCUGGAGUGCUUUGUCUACUACAAGAGCAUGAGGGAUUAUCGCCUGGUGCAAGAUGCUACUCACUGUCCUCCCUGGUGUCUAACUUUUACCUGCACAGGGCACACAUUUCAGCCAAACAACGAGACUUUUCUGCCCUGGUACCAGAUGGACCCAUCAAGUGUUGUCUUUUCUGGAGUCAGUGCUAAGGAAGCAGCAUACCGUACCAUCCUGCUGACAAACACAGCAUCAACACCAAUUAUGUACAACAUUCAGAACCAUCCUAAUAACAUCUUUGCUGUCAAGCCAUUUCAGGGUGUGCUGCAAGGAAAACAUCAGAUAUUUGUGGUAUGUGCUACACCAGAGAAAGUCAAUACCUACAGGCACAACAUGGUCUUCCAGUUCAAUGACAACGAGAAAUACGAUCAGGACAUAGACAUCACAGAAUUCAGCCAGCAUCAUAUGACAGUGCAGCUGUGGGCAUCGGCUGAUUGCCCAGAGGUCCUCCUAGAAAGUGAAGGAUGCUUGUUUUUCAAGCCCACUUGUAUUGGCACCAGUUCACAUCGUACCUAUACCAUCAAAAACACUUCUCGCAUUCCACUCCGGUUCGAGUGGCACAUGAAGCACAGCGACGCCAAGCAGCUUAAGGUCCAUCCUGAUGCUGGGAUUAUCUUCCCUAAUGAGUCCCAGUCCCAGGUGUGGACCUUCAUACCCAGUGAUGUUGGCAAGUUUGUCAUGAAGCCCAGUCUUGUCAUGUGGGGUCAGGGCUUUAGCAGCAACACAUCCGGAGGAAAGAAGCGAGAAUUUCCUGUCAGGAUCAUUGGAGAAGGUGCAUAUGGUAGCCUUGAGGUUGACCAGACCUACUUUGAUUUUGGUGACCUCAUUGUUGGUAGUUCAUCCAGCAAAAGUGUCACUCUCCUUAACAACAGUUCUUGCUCUGUCAUCUAUCAUCUGAGCAUUAACAGCAGUGUUGAUGAAAAUGACUUCAGGGAAGGCCGCCCAGGUCUGGAGCUGGAGCCAAUGCAAGGAAUCAUUCCUGCUAGGUCCAAGCAAGUCAUCACAGCCACAGUUCGGCCUGUUUCCAGAACCACAUACCAGUAUGCUGUCUCCUAUCGGCUCCUGGAACCAGAAGCAGGCCACAGAUCAGGUCACACCACCAAUGAGCAGCACCACCUAUUCUAUGUCUUAACAUCUGGCGUCUACCCAUCUCUGGUUGUUACGGAUGCACGGUGUUCAGGGAGCCUGGUGGGCAUCAGCAAGAAACAGCUUUGGGCCCUGUUCUCACUGGACAGCCUCAAUGAAGCCCUGGAUGCAAAUCCUUCAGCUGAAGAGGUCAUGUAUAAUAUAGCAACACGCCACAGCUUUCGACGUCGACCACCUGUCUACACACGAUCCAUUUUCGAGUUCAAUUUUAGUGCAGCACCUCUUGGCAGUCACCCUGGCAUUGUCACCCUGAUGUUUGAGAACUCCGGCACUCUUGACACAGACUGGGCCUUCCUGUUGCCAAGUGAUCUGCAGCUGGAAUUGGAGUACUGGGCAGAGACCGGAGAGUUUGAUGAGGAUGAGCUGCAUGAGAUGAAAGUCAUGGACAACAAGCUGUUUGAAAUCACACCUCAGAAAGGGAGACUACCACCUGGUGCCACACAGGUGGUGACAUUCACUUAUAACCACACCAUGGCCGGCACAGAUCGCCUGCCAGUUCUUUUCAAGCUGUCGUGUGGGCGUGAGAUUCUGCUUAAUUUCAUCGGCAUGACAGUAGAUCAUCUGCGGCACUACAUCCAUUUCCCAUCCAACAAGCACAUGUUCACACCAGUUCCCAUAGGUGAAAAGGUCAGCCCUAAACAGGUGUAUGAACUAUACAAUGGUGGAGCAGUGCCUGUGCGGUAUGAAUUUGACCUUACACCGCUUGAUAUCAUUCAGAAGGAAAAUUAUGAUCAAGUCAUCUUUGAAUGCCUGAACCCUAUUGGUGAGAUACUACCAGGUCGUACCAUGUCUGUUGAGUGGCGAUUCUCUCCCCUUGAGGCAAAGACAUACAUGGUGGACAUCCCCAUCUACGUACACCAUGGUGACAUGGCCGUUGUCACUUUUACAGGUGUCGGCUAUGACAGGCGUAUCAUGGGACACACGAUGCCAGUUACCGAACACCAGGACCUUAGUGGUGUGCCCAGCGUACAGAGUGCAACUAUGCCAGGCCAGCUUGCUCAGCUGUCUUCUGAACGAGUUUCAUUUGGUAACAUGCCUCUCUUCACUGAAGGGAGACGUAUAAUCUUCAUCAUCAACACCUCCAAGACUCGAGCUAUCUCUUUUCAGUGGCAUGUCACAUCACCGGCUGACAGUCAGCUGAUAACCAUCUUGCCAGUACAAGGGUCUGUGCCACCAAAUGGAGAGUGCUUGUGUCGCAUCACCUUCCUAGCCGCAAGAACUACAUCAUUUUAUGACAUUGACCUUAUCUGUGAGAUAACAGAUGAGCAUGAAGUGGUCUUGUAUAACAAGAACCUGCAGGCCUGGAUGGCGGAGCUAGAGCGCCAACAGCAGGAGUUUACUAUCACAGAGUUUGAUCUGGAUGCAGACAAGCGAAUGCCUUUUAACCCUGACAUGAUGGAAAGGCCACCUAGUGGACGGCUUGCCAUCUUGGAAGGAGCACGCAAACUACACCCAGAAGGAGAGCUGACCCGCUACAAGACUCUACCACCAAUUCAGCACCCUUCAGCAGAUGAAGAGAGGGAAACCUGCAAAGCUUUGGAGUCCAUGAAUAAAAACCUGUGGGCAAAACCACUGCCUCCAAGGCCAUUCAUCAUGCAUUUGGGUCUCACAGCACGCACGCAUGACAUUUUAAACUUCCAGGAGAACUUCCCCUUGGAUUAUGGCAAUUUCUACAUCAAUAGAACGCUGGGGGAUCCGCUUCGAACUGAUGGCGAAGCCUGCCUGCAAGUCAAGAGUAUCGAGUGCCAACUUUCAGAGUCAGCUAUCAUAACCAAUGUGCUUGCCAAUAUUCUCAGAGGGUUGCUGGAUGACAAGGUUUUCACUCAGUCUGUGAAGAAAGUUAUGGUGGAACCAGUUCCUUACUUCGCGCAGUACAGUGGACGAUGCAUCAAAUCUGCACACUCCACACAGCCAGAGCAGCAGCCAGGAUCAUCAGACCACCGAGAUUCCACUGAAGGAGCAGAUACCUCUUGCAUCAGCAGUUUAGAGCAAAACUUGGCAGCCACAUCACUCAGCUCUGCCAAUGGGGAGGCCUCUGAGGAUACAGCUGUGGCAUUGCCAUCUUUGAUCAGCUCGAGGUCAGUCUCUAGUGGUGAGCAGCAGCAGCUCUAUGAAGCUGUCAGCAAGCAGCAGGAGGCUCAGACUUUGAAGAAGCUUCCAGAAUUCGGCAGGGUGAUAGAGAGGAUCUUGGAGAACACUGUUCUGAACAUUGUCAAUGAAGCCCUAGCUGGGGAGUACAACAUUACAGCCAGACGCAGGUACAUUGCAUCCCAAGCAGUCCUGCAUCUGCCAACACUUUCACCACUAAACAGUAACCCUGCAUAACCAAGUUGUGAUGCAUCAAAAAAUUAAAAACUGAAUAAUUAAAAUGCUCUUCAGGUGACUACUUGAUUGAACUGUAAUAUUAGUAUACUAAACUACAACUUGUUAAUCGACCUGAUGAAGCAGAUGAGGUCAUGUGCACCACCAAGCGGAAACGUAUCAUCAGUACAAAGCUUCUCAGCUGACCUUCGUGAUCAAGCUGCAGUUCAUCAUCAGUACAUGCAACCUGAUCUACAAUUCCUUUCUUCUGUUAUCUUCCACAAGGAAAAUGAGAAAAAAAGGAGGGGGAAGCUAGCUAGAGUGUAAAUAAAACUAGGCCAGCCUGCUGCUCAGUAUUAGGCUUUUCAGGAUGGUCUUUCUCAGGAGAUAAACAUGCUGGCUCUACUGUCAAGUGUAGGCACCAGGCUUUUGUCUUGCUCUGUUCAUCUGAUGGAAAUGUGGGACUGUAACUUUUAUAAAGAAUUGUUUGUUACCAAGGAGCUAAUUUCCUUCACUGUUAUUCACACACACCUUUGUGUUACCUGAGGCUAGCAUCUCACUGUACGUGUUGGCUACCAGUUGGUAGGAUGGAACAAUGUAUCAAAGCUUUCAAUGCCGUAUAACCUGCUAUGGGGAAAAACUUGACACAAGAAAGAACUUUUACAUAUGACAUUGUAAACUACAAUUUUAGUCACAACAGGUUGUUUUGCAGCAAUAUAAGUCUAUAACGUUCUCAUUUCUGCUUCCUUGGAGUUUCAUGAGAGUGUGCACUGAAUGACCUUGAUCUUGUAUUAUUGAGAGGAGGGGCUACAAGUGCUGUUUUGAAACAUGAGUUGCUUCCACUCUACUUGAAGUGAUUCCAGCUGCUCUCAUCACCUGCACCAUCAGAUGAAAGUCCAGUUCCUUGCAUAAAGUCACAGGCAUAAGCAGGUAUUUAUUUUCAGUGCCCUUUUCUUUUUAUAAUGAGCAUUUGUUUCUAUUAUACUCUGUUGUUUUGUUUUUGUUUUUUACAGACACAAAUAUAUUUACAGCAAAGACAUGUUUCACCCACUUAUCUGAUUUGUAUUGGUAUUUAUGGAAGAAAGUGCGUCUUAUACAACUUCUACAAAUAUAUAAAAAACACAUCAUGUGAACAGCCAAUUCAAGUCUUAUAUGUAUUUCAUUAAGCCUGUUGGUUAUUCUUGCGUAUGAAUGUGUACAGCUUAUCAAUGUAACUCUUUGAUGAUUCUUAAAUAUACGAAUGGCACAUUAUGUUGAUAAAUGUUCAGACUGAAAACUCCAUUUACUAUUAACAAUGGAGGUAAUUUUCUCCUAAAUGUAGAGUCCAAACUCAGGCCUUCAUGUAUCACUUACAUAUAUUGUUCUAAAAUAAUAACUGAUAUCGUGCAGCAUCACACUCUUAUAUGAACACCCUCAUUGUUGUACAGCUGGUAAUCAGAGUAUAGUAACAAUAAUAAAAAUCUCAUGAAAUUAUCACUGAUGUAAAACAAAAUAUUAGUAGGUAAUAAAAAUAAGUUUAUCAAGCUAAACAGCAAUAUGUAACAAUGCAAACUAUACUGUUAUCAGAACUUACUUGUGAAAUACACAUUUUAAAGUGCUUGAUUAAAUGCAUUAGUUGAUGUUAAAUGGCAUCAACUUAUUGUAAAUAGGAUCUGCAAAAGAAUGAAGAUGAAUGGACACACAGUGAUGGCUUGCAGAAUCUUUUCAUUUUAGAACAGGCAACUUCAAACACAGUUAUCUGACAGGAAGUGAGGUCUGAUCGGCAGAAGCCAGAAAGAUGAUAAAAUGGAGAUAGUUUACAUUUCAUGAAUGCCUGAAAGAGAGAGAAAGGAGAGACGUAACAAUCUUGUUUCCAGACUAGGAUAACAAGGCAGGCUGUGGAGUGUUUGACCUCCUUAAGUUUAUGAAUGAUAGGUAGGACAGUGAGCUGAGAAUUACAGCAAGUCACGUUUGCCAGACCAGCAUCUGUGGUGUGAUGUUCAUGCAGCAUGGUUGGCGGAGUGAUAUCCUUAUGCUAACUGGCAAGUGAUAUGAUGCCUCUUUUCAAUUUCUAUUUACAUUGUUUUGAGGUCUAUUGCUGGACUGUUUAGAUCUGUACUUUAUGGGACAUUUAGUGAUACUCUCUGAAACUCAGUUUGGUCAGAUUGUGAUGCCUUCUUCCCGGCAGUGAACCUUCUUCCUUCUACACUUGUUAGCUCAUCAUUGGGGUCUUCUGUUGUCAGCUGUCCAGUCACUGACUGCGGCUUGGAUGAUGAAAUUUGCUUGCAAUGAUUCUUUCUAUUGGACUGUGGACCUGUAUUUCCUGGUCUGUGAUCGCCUUCCAAUGACGCCAUUGAUUUGGUCUUUACCUCGAGCAGGACAUUUAGAACCAUAACACACUACUGUGUGUGACCAGCUUUGACAGGUAAAAAGAGGAAUCGUACCAGAGUUCAGACAAACUGAUUAUGGUGAAAAGCAGUGAUUUCAAGUCUGAAAGUGUCUAGAAUCACAGGUCUAUAACUGCACUCGCUUCACUAAAAUUCUGUAUAUUAGAUCUC